AUGGUGAUUUAUUCCAUCGUCCAUACCGAUUUGAAAGCUGGGCGCUGCUCCAACACCACUGAGGUUUGCUUGCUGAGGUUUUGGGAGGCCAGAAAUGUGAGGAAAACCGGUGAGUUCAUGAGUCUAGACACGCUCCUCAUCGACGAGAAUAUAAGCAUCUCCUUUCUGAUUAACGCUGUUGAAGAUUGGUUCUAUUAUGAUUGUCUAAAUUUUUUUUUGUCAUUUCUAACAAUCAACGAUUAUUCGAGGUUCCGUUAA